GAGGAGGAAGAGGAGCGACAGUUUACGUCUAAAUACCCACGCUUGUGUGUGUGAGUGACAUUACAACAACCGAUAAAACAAAAUGUCAAAGAAGAGAGGACUGAGUUUGGAGGAGAAGAGAACUCGCAUGAUGGAGAUUUUCUUUGAAACGAAAGAUGUGUUUCAGCUGAAAGACAUCGAGAAGAUUGCCCCAAAGUCAAAGGGCAUAUCUCCCAUGACUGUGAAGGAUGUGCUGCAGAGCUUGGUGGAUGACAACAUGGUGGACUGUGAAAGAGUGGGUACGUCCAACUACUACUGGGCCUUCCCCAGUAAGGCCUUAAAUGCUCGCAAGCGCAAACUGGAGGAUCUGCAGAAACAGAUAUCUGAUGCCAAACAGAGAAAAGUGAGUUUGCAGAAAGUGGUGGAAAAGGCAAAAUUCGGACGUGAAGAUACAGAAGAGAGAAGCUCCAUGCUGAAGGAGCUGCAGAAUCUGAGAGAGGAACGAAUUCAGCUAAAGGCCGAGGUGGAGAAGUACAGAGAAUGUGACCCAGAAGUGGUCGAACAGAUGAGGAAGUCAAAUGUCACAGCGAAGGAGGCUGUCUCCAGGUGGACAGAUAAUGUCUUUGCCAUCAAGUCCUGGACCAAGAAGAAGUUUUCCUUUGAUGACAGCCGCAUCAAUAAAGCCUUCGGGAUCCCUGAGGACUUUGACUACAUGGACUGAUUUAUAUUCUGCUUGUGGACAAAAGAAGAGCAAAAAUAAGAGUUUAAGCUUCAGUUUGAAGCCUCCGCACCUGGUCUCUAACGUCUGUUCUGCGCAUUAGAGUGAAAAUAAAGCUACCAGGAUUUAUAUAAAAGCCCGGGGGUGGGCUUUGAGUCCGGAUGGAUAACCGGGAGUUCGCUGCAACAGAUGGACUUUAUCAGCAGAUAUUUUGCUUUGGUGCAACCAGAGACUGAACCGUCCAUUAGUGGCUGUGAGGAGUGAGUGGGUUCUGAGCAGCCAGACGUUGGGGACACCUGUUUGCAUGAAAACUGAGAACUCCAAGUUGGUGCUGUUCUUACAGAGGUAAAAAAAAAUACAAAGGAUUUGGAGGCCUGCUGUAAAUGCAUUUAAAUGAAUAAUGAAAAUGAAUGAACAGAAUUAGCUUCGGUUUAAACAGUUUUUUUUUAGCUGCCCGACAAGUACAUGAAAAUAAGGCGUAAAAAGUGCCCAAGCAUUCGAUUCCAAACCAUCUGCUAAAACCAUACAAAUUAGAUCACUGGCGACACAUCGGUGUUAAGUGUUGAUUCCUCUCCAUCAUCAACUUGGAGUUCUCAGUUUUCAUGCAAACAGGUGUCCCCAACGUCUGGCUGCUCAGAACCUACUCUGGUUCCUGCUGAACCAGAUUCAAAACAGUUAUUUGUGUGUUGUGUGUUCUGUGUUUAUUCAAUGACCCUUUUGUCACGUUCAGUUGUAUCUGUGUUUGUUAAUAUAAAUUUAAAAUGUA